AUGGAGAAUGGCAAGGCCGCCGCCUUGACCCCACCAAGCCUAGAGUACACGUCGCCGAGGUUUGACGUGGUCGACAAUCCCACGAUGGACUCGCCCACCACCGCCCUGCUGGCGUCCAUCCUGUCGUCAGACCAAAUGGAUGGGCCGGACUUCAUGAUGUGCUCGCCGGUGAGAAACCUGCCCUCCCUGGAGAGUGCCUUGACUCACAAUUACAACCAUGCGCAGGCAAUGCAGGGGCAAUCCGUUUCGGGUUGCUCUCCGCCUCGGUUUGCUUCUCAACAGGGGUGUCCUUAUAGCGGCGGUCGCAUGGAGAGGGGACUCAGUCCUCUUCAGGGAGUCCUCAGUUCUGCUCGCAAAAGUGAUCAGGUCACCGUGCAGUCCGACUGCAUUUCUCUGGACUUCUUGGAGGACUAUAAUGUUACAGACGAAUUCGGAGGGUAUUCAUUGUCCGGGCCAGUACCCGGGUUCGGAACCACAGAGUGUUUCGAUGUCCAGACAACUGCCACGGCUUCACUGGAAAUGCCGAAUGCUCCGACGUUCCAUGCAGGACCGGCCGAGGAAGCUAUCGGAGGGGACUACAAAUGCGAGACUUGCCAGGAGAUUGGUGGCUUGUGCAACGCGAAGUCCCUUGCAUCAGCGACAACUCUAACGGAGCAACUGCAGCGAGAACAUUGCCAAGAGCAGCAACAGCUAAGCAGCUUCGUUGUGCAUGUUCCCACAAAUUGUGAGCAGGUGAUAUGCACUCGCACGCGUGCACAUACAUUAACAAAUUUAGAAGUUCGCAAUUUAAUGCCUCUAAAUCACCUAUCACAACUUAUGUUCGUGUCCCAACAGGAGCAGGACCGAGGCCUCCAACUAGUGCACCUCCUCCUCGCCUGCGCAGAAGCCGUCGCCAAGGAAGACUACCUGCUGGCCAGGCAGUACCUCGACCGCCUCUACAGAGUAGUCACCCCGAUCGGCGACUCCAUGCAACGCGUCGGGUCAUUCUUCGCUGAAGCCCUCGACAAGAGGCUCACCUCUAGAGUCACCCCUACCAAAUUCUCGAAACCAUCGAGACUUUCCGCUCCAGUCCCGCCAAACUCCUUGGAGAUCCACCAGAUCCUCUACCGAGCCUGUCCCUACAUAAAGUUCGCCCACUUCACUGCGAACCAAGCCAUCUUCGAGGCCUUCGCAGACGAGGAACGCGUGCACGUGAUCGAUCUCGACAUCUUACAAGGUUAUCAGUGGCCGUCCUUCAUGCAGGCUCUUGCCGCGAGGCCAGGUGGCGCUCCGUUUCUGAGGAUAACAGGAGUUGGGUCAUGCAUUGAGAUGGUGAGCGAAACGGGCCGGUGCUUGGCGGAACUGGCGCGCUCGCUACGUCUCCCGUUCGAGUUUCAUCCGGUCAGCGAGCAACUCGAAGCGCUCAAACCUCAUUUGCUGCAUUGGAGGGUCGGCGAAGCGCUCGCAGUUAACUCGGUUAAUUGCCUCCACCGUGUUCCAAGUAUUUGUCUGGGGAGUUUGCUGACAAUGAUACGGGACCAGGCACCAAGCAUAGUGACACUAGUCGAGCAAGAAGCCAGCCACAACGGGCCCUACUUCCUUGGCCGCUUCCUUGAGGCGCUGCACUACUACUCCGCAAUCUUCGACUCGCUCAACGUGACGUUCCCAUCAAACUCAGUGCACAGGGCAAAGGUGGAGCAGCUCGUGUUCGCGCCGGAGAUAAGGAACAUAGUGGCAUGCGAAGGGCCAGAGAGGACAGAGAGGCAUGAGAGGCUGGAGAAGUGGAGGAAGGUGAUGGAAGGGAGAGGGUUCGCCGGAGUUCCGCUCAGCGAGAACGCCAUGACCCAGUCAAAGACAUUGGUCGGCCUGUAUUCACGCGGUGGGUAUACCCUCAGGGAGGACAUGGGUUGCUUGCUCUUGGGUUGGCAAGAUAGAGCCAUUGUCGCCUCAUCCGCGUGGCGGUGCUCGUAA